AUGGAUUGCACUUACGAUUUUGAUUAUGUUGUAGCGUUUAAGCCAGAGAAAAAGUCUACUUUGCAAAUUCGAAUUGAUCAAUUUUAUAAAUUACAGAAAAAUUUAAGCAUACAAGAAAAUAAGCAAUUAGAACUGACAACUGGAACAAUAAUGAAAGAUGACAGCAGCGAAAAUAAAUUCACUCCAUCAAAUGCUGUCUCGAAUGUUCCGAUACAAAGUUUAACUAAGCAACAAAUUAAUAUUCCGUCAAAACAAGCUCUGAAACAUAAAGAUAAUAAUUAUUACGACGAAUCAGAUCCAUCUUAUUCGUAUACUACUACGACUACAACUGGCAUCAAUACUGAGACUGCAAAAACUGUUAAAACACGAACACCAAAAUAUCAACAAACUGAUAACAAAUCUAAAAAUGGUCAAAUCGACACCCUGGAGGGAAUCACACAAACAGCCAAGCGUAACACUGAUACACUAACCGACUCAAAUAUUAAAGACUGCACAGAUUAUCAAUACUCAGCUUUCAGUAGUAUGAGAUUACCAUUUCGCCGUUGGAUAUUGCAUAAUUCGGUAAUAUAUAUUGGUGGUACAUUGCAAUAUUUAACUACUCCGGAUAGAAUUCCAUUGGAUGAUGAAUUAGAGUUUAUCAUUGAUAACUGUUAUAAACACAGAAUACGACAUAAAUCUGAAUUAUUCUUGAAAAGACUUCCUAUUUUACAGACAUCCGGUACUGUUUAG